CAGAGAGCGCAGGACGAACACCGUCUGCCGGUAAUGUUUGUGAAGAAGAAGAAGCUGCGCACGGAAGAAGAGUUUUCCGGUGUCCUUGUGUGAGAGAGUGGACUAUAGACGGACCACAAAGAUGUUUAAAAACGUCAUUGCGCUCCAGCAGGUGGCGCGGCGGACCAUCUACAGCUCUGCCCGGCGGCAGGUGGACAACAAAGUUCCCCUGAAACAAAAAGCGUUUCAGGAGGAUAAUGGGAUGCCAGUUCAUCUAAAAGGAGGCAGCGCCGACGCUCUGCUGUACAGAACAACGAUGGCACUCACCGUCCUGGGAGCUGGAUAUGUGGUGUAUGAGCUGGUGAAAGCAGCGUUCCCUCAGAAGAAAGACUAACUCCUCCACCUCUGUUUACCUCCACUUUUACAAACCGGUCUAUAUUGUAUAGAAAGAUAUUCCUCCGUCCAUGUCGGGGCGAGUGUUACCUGUCAUGGUGCGAUAUUGUUUCAUGUUCAUGGGAUCAAUAUUUAUUUCUUGUAUUCUUUCUCUGAUGACCUGAGGAUCAAUAAUAAAAACAAAACAAAAUGCCUCUCAUGGCCAAACACCCUG